AUGCCUAUCACCAGAGCUCUCGGAAUGAGUGCAGGCCGAGGAGGCCGGGCACUCCCUCGCGGACUACGUGUUGCCCCUUUCAGCACUUCAGUCUGGAGAAGACCCGAUGCCACAGUGCAGUUCAGACUUCCUAACCCCAGGAAUGAGCCCAACACAGAAUACAGGAAAGGCUCCCCUGAGCGCAAGAAGCUUGAAGAGGCCUUAUCAAAGCUCCGCUCGCGACUCCCCGUCCGAUCCGACGUCUUCUACAAUGGCACCAUCCAGACCACGUCCAAGUCUCUCGACCAAGUCAUGCCCUCCGAGCAUGGAACCGUCUUCACAAACUAUCCCAUGGCAUCCCGCCAACAGACCUCAGAGGCCAUUGAGGCAGCACUCAAGGCUAAGAGGAGUUGGGAGGAGACGCCCUUUGUCGAUCGAGCUGCUAUUUUCCAGAAGGCGGCCGAACUGGCCACGACUGAAUACCGUUAUGAGUUGAUCGCUGCGACUAUGUUGGGGCAAGGAAAGAAUAUUUGGCAGGGAGAAAAUGAUGCUGCUGCGGAAUUGGCAGACUUCUUCCGGCUGAAUUGCAACUAUGCUGCCGAAUUGCUUGAGAAGCAACCGACUCGAGGUACCAACGGCAUGUGGAGCCGAAUGGACUGGCGACCCAUCGAGGACUUCGUCUACGCCGUAUCCCCCUUCAACUUCACAGCCAUCGGCGGCAACCUCAUCUCAGGCCCAGCCCUGAUGGGCAACGUUGUCAUCUGGAAGCCCUCCCAAUACAACGUCUACGCCAGCGCCAUCAUGUACAAGAUCCUCCUUGAAGCAGGCCUCCCACCAAACGUUAUCCAAUUCCUCCCCGGCGAUGCAGAAGAAAUCACAGACGUGGUUUUGAAACACAAGGACUUUGGAGGCAUUAACUUUGUCGGUUCGUCAAAGGUCUUUCGAUCGAUCUAUGGCAAGAUUGGACAAGGUAUUGCGGAGGAAAGAUACAAGGACUUUCCUCGUGUUGUUGGAGAAACCAGUGGAAAGAACUUUCAUCUCAUCCAUCCCUCGGCAGACAUUGAAAGUGCCGUGAACCACACUGUUCGUGGCGCCUUUGAGUAUCAGGGUCAAAAGUGCUCUGCUACUUCUCGUGUUUAUCUCCCAGAGUCACGAGCGGAAGAAUUCGUAAAGGGUAUUAAAUCCAAGGUCGAACAGAUCACCAUCGGAAGCCCAGAUAAGCAACUCGAAGCCUUCAUGGGGCCUGUCAUACACAAGCACUCCUUCAGCAAGAUCAAAGUCGGUUAUUUCGUGAAGCCAACUGUAUAUCAGGUCGACUCUCCAGACCACAGACUAUUCAACGAGGAAAUCUUUGGACCCGUGUUUGCAGUUUAUGUCUAUCCUGAUUCUCAAUGGAGCUCCAUUCUGAAGCGGGUUGAUGAGGCUGGAGGUGGUCUCGCCUUAACCGGGGCCAUCUUUGCCAAGAGUCGAGCCGCUAUUCGUGAGGCAGAAGAUGCGUUGCGUUACUCUGCCGGUAACUUUUACAUCAACUGCAAGACAACUGCUGCCCUCAUUGGCCAGCAAUCCUUCGGUGGUGGCCGUUCCUCAGGCACAAACGGUAAGGCCGGUAGCUCUGAUCCACUGCGACGAUUUGCGAGCCCCAGGAUGAUCAAGGAGGAGUUCUUCCCCCAGAAGAUAUUCUUGUAUCCCAGCAACGAGUCAUAG